ACAACGUGCGAGGCAGUUGGCGAAAGCUUAUUUUUGUGUUCAAAUGAUGUAAUUCAUUGCAUAAACGGCGUUUUAAACGUCUCAGCGAGCAUGCAUGAUGUUAUCCAGCCUUCAUGUUUCUACAACGCAGUUUCACUUGUCAAAAGGACAGAGGGAGAAAAAACUCAAAAGCGGAUGCGCCUCAGACUGUUCUGAUGAGUGUCAGUAGAUUCAGUCAAUGUGCGAUCAUAUUAGAGGUGUGAGACACAAGCCAGAGCUCGGAGUGUGUAAACCUCGCAUCAGCGUUUUGAAAUGGGGAGCCGGGGGGUGGGCAGGGGGGUUAUAUCGUAAGUUACAAAAAAUACGCGUCGGAUAUAAACACCUAAAGCUUAAAAUGUUCUCUAAAAGGACAAGGGAACUGAUAAAGACGCACUCGAUGUCAAAGAAGAGCCGAACAGGAAGCAGCCCAUCUCCUCUCAACUCUCCAUCACUCUCUGCUCUUCAAGAACAGCCUCGGAAAGAUGCAGUCGAUUCUGCCUCUUCGUCCCACACGUCCUCCAAUCUGUCUCCCCCUGUCCUAGACGUCUCAGCUUCCUGUCCAGGUACUCCUUUGGCCCAACACACUAAGUUGGUGGGCUGCCCGUCCCCAAUGGGCACCCUAAAACGGCCAACUUCCCUGAGUCGCAAUCCAAGCGCAGCGGGCUUCCCGAUCCAGUCUUGGGUCUUCAGUAAGGGUGCGGGAAAAUCCGUCAUCGCCCAGAGUCCAUCACCGGAGACAACCGAGACUACAGUGGCUAUCGAGGUGGAAGACAUCCCGUCAUUGCUACGCAUAGUGGAGCGCUUUGCCAAAGCGGUGGAGAAACUGAAAGAUGUCGUGCUUGAAGACAAACAGGAGAAUAGGCGUCCGCUGGCCCAUGAGUUUUUGGGGGAGGUUCUGCGUAUCCUGCGGCAGGUCAUCAGCAUGUACCCUCUCCUCAACACGGUGGAGACUCUCACCGCUGCUGGCAAACUCAUCUCACAGGUCAAAGGAUACCACUAUGAAGUGUGCAAUGAAGCAGAUAAGAAAGAUUUUGAGAAGGCCAUUGAGACCAUCGCUGUAGCCUUUAGCAGCAAUGUGUCUGAGCUGCUGAUGGGAGAGGUGGACAGCAGCACACUGUUGUCAGUGUUGCCCUCGGAGAAGAGCAGGUCUAUGGAGAACCUCUCGGGUCAUGAUUGUUUACACACACGGAGCGAUUCAUCUGAGCUGGCGAGGAGCGCUGAAGAGGUGGACAUUAUCCUGCAGCGCAGUGAAGGAGGAGUGGACUCGGCUCUGACGUACGCUAAAACCAUCUCCAAAUACAUGAAGGAUCUGAUCGGCUACGUUGAGAGGAAGCUUGCGCUAGAGCUGGAGUUCUCCAAGGGCUUACAAAGGAUCUAUCAGUCUUGUAAACAGACCAUCACACAGCCACACAUGCCCUUCUUCUCCAUCUACUCUUUGGCUCUGGAGCAGGACCUGGAGCAGGGCUCUGGGAUGCAUCAGGCGGCCUCCACCCUGCAGAACCAGACCUUCAUCAUGCCUCUGCUGCUCCGCAAACAAGAGCACGAGAAGAAACGCAAGGAGAUCAAGGAACACUGGCUGAAGGCCAAGAGAAAGCUGAUGGAGUGUGAGGCCAACCUGCGCAGGGCCAAGCAGGUCUACAUGACCCGCUGCGAGGAGUACGACAAGGCCAGGACGGCAGCUAACAGGGCCGAGGAGGAGGGCGGCAGUUCUACCACCAAAACAGUAGACAAGAAGAAACGGCUGGAGGAAGAGGCCCGCAACAAGGCUGAGGAGGCCGAGGCCACGUACCGGACUUGUAUCGCAGAUGCCGUCACACAACACCAGGAGCUGGAGCACAUGAAGGUCACCGUUCUGCGGCAGAUCCAAGAGGUCAUCAAACAGAGCGACCAGACCAUCCGCUCGGCCACCAUUUCCUACUACCAGAUCAUGCACAUGCAGACGGUAGCGCUGCCGGUGCACUAUCAGACGCUGUGUGAGAGCAGUAAACUGUACGACCCGGGACACCAGUACGGCACCCACGUCAAAGACCUCCAGAUGAGCGAAGAGCCCGAGACACAUUAUGAGUUUGAGGCCUACUCUGCCUCCUCCAGCCAUGGGUUAUCAUGGGAUUGGUUGCAAACUCGAGGUCACAUGACCCACAAAUCCUGGGGCUCCACAGUGAGCGACACAGACAGUGUGGGAGGAGGAAGUGGCCUGGGAUCCCCGACUACCAGCACAGGUGACAUAAGUAAAAUGGCCCGAACGUCGUCUACAGGAACCAUGUCAUCAAACGAAGACGCAGAUGAGAAAGACUCGAAUGUUACUUCCUUUGAAACGCCAAAUAUAAAUGGCAUCGAGCCUGAGAUGGUGGUUCCCACCGGGCCGUUCCGGAACGUGGGGCUGUCGAAAGCCGCUCAGACGCACAAACUGCGUAAACUGCGCUCCCCGUCCAAAUGCAGAGAAUGCGACAGCUACGUUUAUUUCCAGGGAGCCGAGUGCGAGGAGUGUUUCCUGGCCUGUCACAAACGCUGUUUGGAGACUUUGGCCAUUCAGUGUGGCCACAAGAAGCUCCAGGGUCGCCUUCAGCUGUUCGGGCAGGAUUUCUCACAGGUGUCCGGCAGCAGUCCCGAUGGCAUCCCCUUCAUCAUCAAGAAGUGCAUCGGUGAGAUCGAGAGAAGAGCUUUGAGGAUGAAGGGUGUUUAUGGUGUGAAGUGGGGUGGGGGAGGGUGUGGAGGGGGUUUUGAGGGCGUUUGAGAGCUGGUGGGGGUUUGUGGGUCUUUGACAGUCGUCGUCAGUAACGUACUGAAGCUUUACCUGCGACAGCUUCCAGAGCCCAUCAUGCCCUUCCGUCUGUACAACAGUCUGAUGGGUCUGGCGAAGGAAAGCCUGGCUGUAGUGGGUCCAGAGGGAGCAGAGACGGGCAAAGGGCCCGACCUGGUGGACCUCGGCCCUGAGACAGACCCUGAACUCUUGGUCCUCGUGGACAGACUUAAGAAUCUCCUUAAAGAGCUGCCCAAACAAAACACGGCCACUCUCCGCUACAUAGCGCGCCACCUGAGAAGGAUAGCAGAACUGGAAGAUGACAAUAAGAUGAGCCCGAGCAAUCUGGGCAUCGUGUUUGGCCCCUCACUGAUGCGACCCCGGCCCUCAGGGGCCACGGUGUCUCUGUCGUCUCUGGUGGAUUACCCGUACCAGGCCCGCAUAGUGGAGACCCUCAUUGUGUUUUAUCCCUGCAUUUUCCAUUCGGACUCCAGUCGGGCUGCAUGCACCAGCACCCCCCGCACACAGUCCCUACAGCAGGAAAGCAGCAUUGAUGAAGAACACUGUUCAAAUGAUGAACAAGGAGUCACAGAUGAACCCGGCGCUGCAGAAUCAGACAAAUUAGAAGGCCAUGCAGAGAGUUCAACAGGAACCCCGGGUUCUCUGGAACACAGUCUAGACUCUGAUUCAGAUGCAGAUGAGGAACGGGACAGAGGUGAACUUCAGCCCCCCAGUCCUACAGACCAGGCAUUCGACUAUACCACUGACUCGACACAAAUGAGACUGCCCGUCCUUCUCGUGAACCUGCAGUGUCCCUCCAGCUCAAACAACAACAGCAACCCGCCUGCCCUCCCUGAGAGCGAGCCGCCAGAGCUAGACGAAGCAGAAGCAGCACCAACAAUCUCGCUGGCAGCUUUAAACAUCAAUCAGAGUAACAACACCAAAACACUCACUCUCUGAGUUCACACAAGGCACACUCCAGCCAGGGUUCGUCUGUGACGUUCCAAUAUAUUUUUAAAGAUGCGUUUUAAUAUUUAAAUUACUUAAGCUUGGAAUCCUGCAAAAACAAAGAUUUUAAAAUGUUUUUAGCUUUAUUUUAUGAAAACUGGUGCGCUUUCGGUGUCGUCAUGCAUUGUAUCUUAUGAGAUUGCACCUUGAAAAUCUGUUGUUAAAUUUUAUGUUUGUGCUUGUCUUUUAAUAAUAAAAAAGUGAGUGAUUUCAAAAUAA